UGUGUCUGUUCAAGAAAGCAAAGACCCUGGGUCCUCUUCAGUUUCAGAAUCGUCUUUUGGAAGUAUUAACUUGCCUCCUGCUAUCCAGGAAGGCUCUAGCAGAUACCCAGCCAAAAAUCUUGGGUCUUACGGAAGCCUGAGGGAGCACACUGGACACUUUCAUUCUUUCGGAUCGAAUCCAGGUGCCAAAGCAGAAAAUUCAGUUGGCCACUUAGAACGGAGCUUUCCACAGAGUGAAGAGGAUGAUGAACCAAAAACUGCACCUGAGAAGCCAACUACAUAUAAAAUGGAUGGGCCACGUAGAGGACGAUGCCUCAUUUUUAAUAAUGUCAACUUUGAAAGAAAUCUUAUGACAAGAAGGAGAGGUUCUGAGAAAGAUGCCGAGGAACUGGAACGUGUGUUUAAAUGGCUUGGGCUAGAAGUGGUAACAUACAGUGAUCAGACCUCAAUACAAAUCCACGAAGUCCUGCAAGAGUGGCAACUCCACGAGAACUGGAAAGACGAUGACUGUUUAGUCUGCUGCAUUCUGACUCACGGCGAAUCAGGAAAAAUAUACGGCACAGACGCCAAUCUGAUCCCGAUCCGUGAAAUCAUGUCCUACUUCACAGCCCAGAAGUGCCCGCCCUUGGCCAAAAAGCCCAAACUUUUCUUCAUCCAGGCCUGUCAAGGUGAAAAGACACAAAAACCUGUGUACCUUGAAGCAGACACGAAUGAUCAGGAUAAUCUUGGAACGGAUGCCCAGAGUGCAGGAUCUUUCUGUCCACAGCAGAUGCUGCCGAGCAUUCCCGCAGAAGCAGACUUUCUCCUUGGCAUGGCCACAGUGGAUGGCUAUCUCUCGUUCAGGCAUGCACGGGAAGGCACGUGGUAUAUUCAGGCACUCUGUGCCAAGUUGCAGCAGCUGGUCCCAAGGGGGGAAGACAUCUUGUCCAUUCUUACCGAAGUCAAUGAAGAUGUGAGCUGUCGUGCAGACCCUUGUGGGUUGAAGAAACAGAUGCCCCAGCCAGCAUACACCCUGAGGAAAAAACUGAUAUUCCCUGUGCCUAAAGAUCCUCCUCCAUCACAGCACUGUUAGGACUUUGGUCAUAUGGUUGCUGUUUUGGCUUUCUGGAGUUGCAGAAGCCACUACACAAAACUUGGUUCUCUUUGGUCUCCUGCUUUUGUACGUUUUGCACCAAGACUUAAGCUUCUGAGGAUUCCUGGUUACUGAUGACAGUUGGGAAAUAGCUGGAGAUUUGGGGAGUGGAGCCUAGGAAUCGUCAAGUUUGGAGUGGGGAGGGACCUCAGCAGGGUACAAAACCAUAGCGUUUGCACUCCAGAGCAGCCAUUUUCUCUAGGAGAAUUAAUCUCAGUCAUGUGGAGAUCAGUUGUAAUAGUGGGAGAUCUCUGGGUGCUACCUGGAAAUUAGCAACUUUACCCCAUUCACCUCAGUCGUGCAAACCAGUUUUUCAUGUUUAUCUGUAGUUUCCUUACAUGGCCUUCUGCAUAAAUGAUAACUCAUGGCAAACAUGCAAAAAACUAAGUACCAGUGAACUGCUCCAUUUUUUGAAAGGUUUGUGCUGUAAGACUUACCUGCCAUCUCGUGUCCCUACCACAGUUUUGUUUGGUUUCACACAUGCAUACCUCUCAGUCAUGAUAGCCAAAGGGAAGCAACCGAGGUGGGGGAAGAUGCUAGUUGGAAAUGGGAGAUGGCCUUUUUUCUGGAUCUUCCUUAUUAGCUGUGAGAAACAGAAUGCUGAACUAACAGAUCUGAUCCUCUGAUUGGUGCUAUCCAAGUAUCAUCUCAGAUGGCGUUGCCCCAAACAUUACUUAACAUGGGGAAACGUAGCUGUUUUGAUAGAUUAAUCAUGAGAAACGUUCCCUGUCAACGCAAGUACGUUUUGGAAAGCAAACUGCCUCACAAGAGGUGCUGUUCUAGGAGGUGAUUUUCUGGACAGCUAACUUGACAUUACCUGUUCUCAGAAGAGUCUGCCUGUAAUGCUAAACUUUCUGUACUUGGCAGGCAACAUAUUUUGACUGGGAGAUACUUGCAUUACUCAGGUUCCAAUCCUUACCAAUGUGAAACUCACAGGGCUAAGAAUUUUUGUCAGUCCGAUUUAACCUACCUCAGUGGAUUGUUUUGAGGUGAAAGUAGAGGAAAGGAGAUGUGAUUUGAGCUCCUUGGAAGGACAAAAUGUCAAGGAGUUAUCUUUUUACUCAGUGAACACUUAUCGUAGUACAUAUAACCACUGCCACUGGGUUGAGAGGACUUUUCCCACAAUGAUACUAAAUCAAGGGAACUGAUGAAAUUCAAGAAAGGUGAAUUAUAGGGCUUUUUAAAAAGCACAAGUGGAGACCAGGGAUUGGGCACUGGGUUUGUUUAGGUUGAUUUUCCAGGCUAGAAAAAGUAAAAAUUGUGCCUUGGCUUGCCGGCGAAAUGUGAAAUGGACAAAAGUCUACAGCUUGCAAAAUCAUUGAAAGAACUGACUUGUUCUCAUGAUGCGUGCUGGUUUGGAAAUACCCAGUAUGACUCACUUUGUGAUGAACAGGAAGAGGGUUCUGUUAUGGGAAGGUGAUGAUGACAGCGACAGAAGAGGAAAAGUAGCACAGAUGAGUAAGGAGACCUCAGAAGAAGAGCAGCAGCUGUUUGCCGUAUGACAUUGAAGGUAUAGAGAAUUGCCUCCAAGCAGAUUAAAAGCUAUUAUAAGUGCCAUAGGAAUUGCCAUAGGAAUAAAAAUAAGGAAUUACCUGUUGUACAAUCACUGUCAAUUCUUUAUGUCUUAUCUGACCUUUGGAGAGGAUAGAGUUGUAUAAACCAUUGCAAAAUAAACUGGUACUAGAAGGGGCUCCAGUGAGUUUCCAUUUUUGACAGUUCUCAUUUUUGUGCCCUCUGGGGUUUUCCCCCUCCUGAUAGCCCACCUCUUGAUACCAAGGACCAGUUCAUUGAAAGUUGAUACAGGAGCUCAACUGCCUGUCCUGUUAUGCAAUAUUAAGGGAACGUAAAGUUGUAAUAUCGGAAGCUCAAUAGCGAUCCCAUGCAAAUGAGCCAAAGUGAAGGGUUGUUCAAACCCCACUAAUAUCAAUCAGAGCAUUCCAUAUAUGGGCUUCAGUACAGUUUAGAAUUUAUCAACUUUACCGAAGUUGCACUCCAUAUACCAGUUCUACUUUAUACAGAUGAUUCCGUUUUGCUUUCACAAUCUAGAGUUGGAUUGAGAGGAUUUAUGAGGUGCUUUGAAGAGUAUUGUGACAAUAGAUCAUGGUUUUUGCUUGAACUUCAAAGAAAUAUUGGAAAAUAAACAAUAUCCCAAUUGAACAGGUCAGUCGUUUUAAAUAUCUUGGCCUUUUGUUCAUACAAUCUUUCAUGGAUUCCCCAUAAAAAGGCAGUACUUAACUGUGUCUUCAACUAGCAUUUCUGGUAUCCUCUGCUUUUUUAAUAGUAAAGGGCAUUCUUUUAUUCCUGCUCAUUAAAUAUUUUUAAUGUGAAGAUUGAGUCCCAAUUUCUUUAUGUGGUUCCAAUCUGGAUACAGGCUGUUAACCAUUCACUGAAUUCCCCUUAGUCCAAAUUUUUCCACAGAAUUAUGGGAUUACCGAACUGUGUCCCCUAUGCAGCCUUAUGUUUGGAACUUAGUCAAAAUUCAUUGGAACUUAAAGCUUGGAUUAGAACCUUCAGAUUCUGGCUGCAUCUUCAUUAUCUACAAUCUGACCAUUCUCUUGUUUCUUUAAUACUUUCGGACACACAGGUUAAUCCCUGGUUUUCUCUGUUCAAAAAGAAAAUUGUAUUCAUUGGAUUGUCUCUUGAAUCACUCUACUCUCUCUCUUAUUCAAAAGCAUACAAUCUACUUAAACGUUGGCUCUUAGAUUGGCAAUUUGCAGACUUAUACCUAGCAGCUAAAUGAACCUGUUCUCCUAUGCAACUUCUAAUUCUGUUUGAGCAGGGUCAUAUGGAUCAUUAUUUAUAUUUUUUAACUAAUCUCCAUUCAAGGAGAGCUCUCACAAUUGCUAGAUUUAAUGUCAUGCCGUCUGUCUUACUAAAUGGCAGGUAGAAAAACUUGAAAGGUUAUGUAGUUGCAAUACCAACCAAGUUGAAACAUUGGUUCAUGAGGUAUUACAUUGCACUAGAUUUGCCAAAAUAAGAUCUAAAUAUGUUAAUUUACAUCCUCUCUUCCAACCUGAACUAAUAGAUUUGAUCAGAUUAUUUCUCCUGCUGAAUAACUCUGAUUAUGUUUUUUGUAAAUUGGUUGCAAGUUUUGUUAUGGAAACAAUUCAGAGUCAGUAACCAUUUGUAUUUAUCUGAUGUUGUCUCCUUUUGCCUUUAAAACCUUACUGUUUAUAAUGUUUUUGUUGUUACGUUUAUGCCUAUAAAGGCUUUGUUGUUGUUGUAAGUUGAA